CCUCCCCAAGCUCCGCUAGGCUUCACGUCACAUGACCUAGUUAGGCAAGCAGCUUGCGUACCAAGGAAGUUAGUCCGGAUUAGGAACCAGCUUGACCUCACCUGUGCAACCUAAGCUCUGGACAUUACUGAGCAUCAUACAGCCAACUCUCCCUUCUGUUGUCAACGACUAGAUCUUCUACACCCUCUCCGGUUCUCUAAUUUCCCAGUAGCAACGCCUUUAUACCCGAUACAAAUUUGUACUUUUCCCUACGCAACCGAUCUUUCCAUACCCCAACCGCCAUCAUGUCAACUCUAGAGGAUCUUGAUGACCUCGAGCGCGAAGACAAGGACAAGAAGAAGGACCAGGGCGAUGAUAACGGAAAAAAACAAGACCAGGAUGGCGAUGCUGAAAUGAAAGAUGCAGGAGCGGACAAGAAGAAGGAAGAGGAAGAAGACCUAAUAGAUGAAGAAAUCCUGCGAUCAAGUACCAGAGAUAUCAUCAACAGACGGAAACUGCUGGAGAAUGACAUGCGAAUCAUGAAGAGCGAGUUCCAGCGUUUGACACAUGAGCAGACUACGAUGCAGGAGAAGAUAAAGGAUAAUUUGGAUAAGAUUGAGAAUAACCGACAACUACCAUAUCUUGUAGGUAAUGUCGUCGAGCUACUUGAUCUUGACGUUGAGAAAGAGGCUGCGGAGGAGGGUGCCAAUAUUGACCUGGACGCCACUCGGGUUGGCAAAUCUGCUGUUAUAAAGACUUCGACCCGUCAAACUAUCUUCCUUCCUCUCAUCGGCCUCGUCGACCAUGAAAAACUGAAACCCGGCGACCUCAUUGGUGUUAAUAAGGAUUCAUAUCUCGUUUUGGAUACUCUACCAGCCGAAUAUGACAGCCGGGUGAAAGCCAUGGAGGUUGACGAGAAGCCGACAGAGAAGUAUACCGAUGUUGGAGGCUUGGAUAAACAAAUUGAGGAGCUUGUUGAGGCAGUGGUAUGGCCAAUGAAAGAGGCUGAGCGGUUUAAGAAGAUCGGCAUUAAAGCACCAAAAGGAGCUCUCAUGUACGGCCUCCCGGUACCGGCAAAACUCUUCUUGCCCGUGCCUGUGCCGCCCAAACAAACGCAACCUUCCUCAAACUCGCCGGUCCCCAGCUCGUCCAGAUGUUCAUCGGAGACGGCGCAAAACUUGUCCGUGACUGCUUUGCUCUGGCCAAGGAGAAGGCCCCCUCGAUCAUCUUCAUCGACGAACUUGACGCCAUAGGCACGAAACGUUUCGACUCGGAAAAGUCCGGUGACCGCGAAGUCCAACGAACCAUGCUUGAACUCCUCAACCAACUGGACGGCUUCGCCUCCGACGACCGCGUCAAGGUCCUUGCUGCUACUAAUCGUGUGGACGUACUUGAUCCCGCUCUCUUGCGGUCCGGGCGCCUGGAUCGCAAGAUCGAAUUCCCCCUCCCGAAUGAAGAAGCGCGUGCCCAGAUCUUACGUAUCCACUCGCGUAAAAUGGCUGUCGACGACGGUGUCAACUGGGCCGAACUGGCGCGGAGUACGGACGAGUUUGGCGGAGCGCAGUUGAAGGCUGUGUGUGUGGAAGCUGGAAUGAUUGCAUUGCGCAAGGGGAUGAAUAAGGUUGGUCAUGAACAUUACGUCGACGCGAUUGCGGAGGUGAUGGCGAAGAAGAAAGAUACUAGCACCGGGAUUUACGUCUAAUUAUUUUAACCCCCCCUCUUUACCUCCAAUUUCUCAUUAUUCCCUUGCUGUGAGCAAAAGCCUGCUCGCGCACUUUCUCUCUUUUCGGUGGUGCGUUUAAAUUUGUAUCAUGCGUGUAUGCGAAUAGCAAAAAUAAAUACAGCAUUGAAACCACAUAUUUUUAGACCGGGUUGGAUCAAAUCCUGGUGUUAGCUUUUUCAGCAACGGUUUCAAUAUUUUUUACGUUCUGCGAUGAGUGUGAUAAUUUCUGUAACAGAAUUAAAGGCCACCUGGUAUUUUCACCAGUAAUCUAGAGAUGAAUAUGUAUAUGCUCUUUCCCAGCAUAUGCUCAGCUAUUGGGCAUGUUUACGUGGGUGGGCGCAGAAGGAGGAUCAUAUUCUCGAAGGACAGCAGAUGAAAUAGUAAAAAAGAAAAAAAGAGAGAGAGAGCGUAAUAUCGAAAGUCCAAAGGAUCAAGGCUGGCUUAGUUUCGAAGGGGAAGGGAGGAAUGGAGAAGAGGAAAUGAAAAGGUAAAACAGGGAGUAAAUAUAAGGGGGGUUAUAUAGUUGCCUUUUGAGAUGAGAGUCAGAUAAAAGUGAAUAGGGGAAAUUAGGAGACUAGGAUGGAUAACUAGGAUGAAUGAACCUCGCUCCUGAAUAGGUGACUCUUUGUUACAGAGGGAUACCUGACAACAAUUCGGUAUUCAAGGUUAAUCGAAGACAGAAAUAAAGGAUAGGCACGAAAUGCAGGACGAAAUGGUCCUUCCUAGGUAAAAGCAGGGCAUUUUAAUCUACUAUCUUAAAAUUUGCUUUCUCCUAAAAAGAGAAUUAAACAUUAAACAUUAACAUAAUCUCUCCUUCAAAAUAGUUGCUCUUGCCUCACUACAUCUAUCGAGGUACUCCC